GCCAAAACUAUAGUUUGUAAACAAGUUUUAAUGACUCCAAUCUAAGUGUAUGUACACUUGACUUCAACUGUAUGUAAGAUUAUGGAGAGACUUACUUCCUGGAGAACAGGGGGUUAAUAUUGCCACAUCAGAGUGGGUUCAGGAAGGGGAACUAUGGACCCAGUGCUCUGCUUAGAAGCAGAGGUCAGGAAGGCCCAGGUCAAUAAGGAGACUGUUGUAGCUGUCUUGUUUGAUGUGGAUGGCAUAUGAUAUGCUAAUCAAGCUUGACCUUAUUGGUGUAGGAAGUAGAACGUUCAACUGUUUGGAAGGUCUAUCCAGGUGAGGGUGGGGCAGCUACUUGGUGGAUAAUGGUAAACCACAGGGGAGCGUGAUUAGUUGGGAUGCACCGACAUUACAAUUUUGGCCGAUAGCUGAUAUUUUCCUUGCCCCAAAAAAACAAUACCGAUAACCGAUAUUUACAAUUUUAGCGGCCUUUAAGCUUUCUAGUACAUUUAAAUAGUUUAAACACACACUAAAAAGUUAUUCUGUUGGCAUUUACGUAUGUCCCCAUUACCAGUAAAACAUAAUCAAAACCUAUUUCUUUCACUUACUUGCUGUGCGGUUUUGAUGUUCAUUUAUUCAGUGUUAACCAGGAUUUCAUCAUACAUGUCAAGCAGUGAAGUUUCAGCUCUCUUUGUCCGUGGCCUCUCUUCCUCCGUGCGCACUGUCACUGUUUCUAUCUUGUCCAGCUGUGUCUGUAACAUUUCACAUAAACCCUGCUGCUUGUCUGCAUCGAAGUAGUGGUCCUUGCAUCGAGCAUGGUGGCGAAACCGUAAAGAGGCUCAGAGAGAAUCCCAACGAAUCGCUUGUUCACAGCCUUUUGCAAGUUUUAACCCCGCGGUCUGUGUCGGCAGUUUCGUUGAGCAGGCGUUUCAAUGCCGUGACAGAGGGUAUCACGUCUGCUGCAGACGCUGUUGAUUAGCUUAUUUCUCGAGUCAGUUCGAAUGUAGCUAGGAGUGUGUUCAUGUUUCCAAGUUUCAAACAUGUUCUCAAAUGGCAGCAGUGGUAUGAGAACCAGCACAUUCUUGAGCAUGUAAUACGGCUUUCCUCGGUACGAAAUUCUCGUUGACCCACUGCGCUGUCAGACUCAGCAUGUUCACUGGGCUGACAGCGGCUGGUCCAAAUUUCAGUCGUGAAACUAAUAGCAGUGACGCCCAUAGCAAGUAGCUUAUGAAUGUGCGUUUCAACAAUACUCUGUAACUCCGGUAGGGUAACAUCUGAAAAAUAGCACAUACUUGGUAGUGUGUACCGGGGCUUGAGUUGCUCGACCAGUCGACGAAAGCCCAAAAUCAUCCACGACAUUGUUAAGGGCAAUGAAUUCCAAUAUCUUGGCGAUAAUGGAUUUCGCCUCUGAGUUGUCUCGCUGAAAUGUAUUUUUUGUGGCGUCAUUACGUCAUCUACCUACAUUAUAUAGGUGUGCACGUCAGCUUUGACAUUGGUUUUGCACUUCAGCGUUAAACUAGACACCGGGCUGAUGCCGAUGUUGGCAUUUUUAGCUAAUAUCGUCCGAUUCUGAUAUGCUUACCAAUUUAUGUUGUGCAUUCCUAGUGAUUUGUCAUCUUUUGUUCUCAAUCAAUAUCAAUUAUGUUUACUCUCAGGUACAGCUGGAUAUUGGAAGGUCUUUAUUUGCAGAUGAUGGGGCCUAAUGGAAGAAAUGUACCAUUCACAGUCAGGAUGUACAGGAAGCAGUCGAUGAGGUGGUCAUUAAAGUAGGGAUUCAGAUUCUCUGUAGAGAAGUCAGACAGUGUUCUUUACCAUGAGGAAGGUGGGAGAUGAGGUACGUCUGAGGUUGUAUGGGAGAAACUUGGGGGCCUUCAGGUUCCUAGGGAUGUACUUUGACAUAAGGCUGACCUGGGUAGAACACAUUGAGAGAGUGGUGGGAAAAUUCUAUAGGUUCUGAAUGUGAUGCGCUGUCUGUAGCUUAUGGUUCAGAUGCCAGGAUAUCACUGGAAAGAUUAGAUGUCAUACAGGCGCAAGGACUCAGAAUAUGAAGCCUGACAGAGUAGUGGUGUGCGCUGUCUCAUUUCAUCAGUACUGAUAAGCCUGCAGUCCUUUAGCUCACGCAGCACCAGAUAAAACCUGCUGUAUGAGGUACUACAAACCCAUCUAUCUUCUAUAUACAGAGGGAAAAAAUCGAAUCAAAUUUGAUUUGUCACAUGCUUUGUUAAGAAUAGGUGUCGACCAACAGUGAAAUGCUUACUUCCGGGUCCUUUUCCAACAAUGCAAAGUUAAGAUACAAAAAUACAAAGUGACACAAAGAAUAAAUGCACAGUAAAUAACAAUACAGAGUAAAAAUAACAUGGAUAUAUACGGGGAGUACAAGUACUUAGUCAGUGCAAGAGAAUUAGCACCAAAAAGGGUCAAUGCGGGUAGUAAAGGUAGCCAUUUGAUUAGCUAUUUAGCAGUCUUAUGGCUUGGGGUUAUAAGCUUGUUGGUCCCAGACUUGCUGCACUGGUACUGCUUGCCGUGCGGUAGCAGAGAGAACAGUGUAUGACUUGGGUGACUGGAGUCUUUGAACCUUUUUUGGGCCUUCCUCUGACACUGCCUGGUAUGGAGGUCCUGGAUGGCAGGGAGCUUGGCCCCAGUGAUGUACUGGGCCGUACUCACCACCCUCUGUAGUGCCUUGCGGUCAGGUGCCUUGCAGUUGCCGUACCAAGCUGUGUGCAUCCAGUCAAGAUGCUCUCAAAAAGUUGGGGGCUGGAGAACAGCAGCAUGAGAAAGAUGAUAGGAGGCCACCUUAAAUAGACAUAGGUUGGGACACAACCGGCUGAAUAAUUAAUAAUUAAUAAAUUACAUAUCAUAGGAAAAUAUCCACCAGGAAGGUGUGAUUAUUGCCAGGAAAUAUAAACAGUAGAACAUGUGUUGAUAUAGUGCGGGCAGUAUAAGCGGAAGAGAGAUAUUUGAGCAUCUGUAUUUUAUUUAAAAAAAUAUAUUUUACUGUUAUUUUACCAGGUAAGUUGACUGAGAUGAGAGAGAAUGGGAUACAGGAAUUUAGUGUAAUGAGUCCAUUGAGUAGAAUAUGGACAUAUACAGUAUCCGUUUUUUUGUUGUAUUUUUUACAAGAUAAACGGGGCAGGCAGGCAUUAUUAUGUUUCUCCCGGUCUCUGGCCCACACUCCACUCCAGCACAGUAGUAGGUGGCAGUAAUGCACUAACAACAUAGGAUGCCAACUGCCCAAAAAUACCACCGAAGAAGUAAACGGACGCGAACAGUGACCAAGAACAAUUACCACUUUAGCGUUUUUAUUGUUGUAUUUAGACGUUUAUUAACACACUGGAACUCAAAGUAUGCCGAUUUUUACUUCACGGCAUCACAUAAUUACCUCAGGUAGUCUGUAAUUCGUGUUGGAAACAGGACUUGGUUCAUAUACCUAUGUUAUCUAGGUAACGCUUGCUAGCUGCUAACAAUGGCUGACUGUAUGGUUUUUCACACUCAAAUAGCCUCCAUUAUGGAGGUGCUAGCGAAUGCAGCCGUGGCAGAGAUCUGUAAAUUAGUAGACGACGACUAUGCAGUGUUUCGUUUAGAAGUUACUCAAAGCCAGAAAGAAAACAGGGGAUUGCGGAGGAAACUACAGCUACUGGAACUGAAGGUGGCACGGGAGCGCGCAGAGAGGACAAUACGAGAGCGCGUCGUCGCCAGUCGUCCCAGUAGUGUCAAGAUCCUCGACCGAUACAGAGGAAUGGCAAGAGGUGAAGGACAUCUCACUGGGGGCCACAGGAGCUUUGUGAAACCAGCGGGACACAACGCGUGGAUAGAUGACCAACCUAUAGCUAUAGAUGAGGGGAGUGGAACCUCAACCCAGCAUGUUAUUGUGAUAGAGUCUGCAGAUGCAGAGGCUGCAGGUCCUGGGGUCAAUCAGGAGGGGACUGAAGGAAAGGACUCAAGACACAGAGACAUCCAGACUGGAGCGCUCCCUGUAGCCACGGAGGACCGCGCCGCCACGCCCCGGCCCAGGACCUCCCGCAGCAUCACGGAGGAGGAGGAGGGUCCAGAGGUGCUGCUGGUCAAGGAGGAGGGGAGUGAGGAGGGUCUGGGGAACCCUGAGGGGAACAUGGUCAUGGAGGACAACCAAACUACACCUCCUCUUAAACCCACAGAGGAACCAGUUGAGCAGCACAGGAACACACACUGUAUCACUGAGUCAGUAGACAUGGAGGAUGGGAAGCCUGAUCUGCUGCUAGUCAAAGAGGAGACAAUAGAGGAUGGACCAGAGAGCAUGGAUCUGCUGAGUGGACUAAAGAUGGGGGAGCAAGGUGAUUGGCUGGAGGCUAACAGAGGAGACUGGACGGCCAUUUUGAAUUCCCAGACCCAGACCGGUGGAGCCAAGGGCUUACGGGACAACAUCACUGAGCAGGCCAGGACCAGAGGCGACAAAGUGGAGUCUGCUGUCCAUGAGAGCCUGCUGUCAUCCGGUAUUGCUGGUGGGAGAGACUGGGCCUCUGAGGUGGCUAGUCACAAAGCCUGGCCCCGGAUCAGAACCCUGGAUCAGCAGCCUUCGCUCUUCCUUCCCGAGUCGGAACCAGGACCCAACUACGAGGGACAGAGACUCCACCACCACACAGAACACAACCAGUGGACAGGUGGACUGAACAACCUCAGUCCUGGUGGUCAUCAGAGAGACAGAGGCUCUAGUCAGGGAUCCAGUCUGCAGCCCAGACCCUUCUCUUCACAGUCUCAGUGCAGGGAUGUAGCAGGGCCUGGGGCUGAUAGAGAUAGACCCUCCUGUUCCUAUGAUACAAACACCACAGUGUCCAUGAUAAACAGUGCAGGUCUUCCUGGGCUUCAGCCUUCACAGAGAGUGGUGGGAGACCCCCCUGGUAGGAGUCUAACAGGAAGUCUUUCCUCUCCAUCAGGAUCUCGUCUAAUGCCUGGUGAAUGGGUUCAUAGAAGGUCUGGGUCUAGCCUUCCUCAUUUAACUCAUGGUUACCCUAGCAAUACAGACAGAGUCAGGAUGGGUGUUCAGCACAAGCGCUUCCUAGCCUCUAACACAGCACAAAAUCCCAACAACACCCAAACAAUGGCUAGAGGUCAAGGAGGGAGCUCAAAGACUAACCACCUGAGGCUGGCUCCUGCUUCUACCUCCUCUGGUGUCAUUGGGAGGCCGAGCAUUAGGACUGACGCCGACAAGCCGUACACCUGCCCAACAUGUGGGAGGCGCUUUGCUAAAGCGAGCUAUGUGAAGAUGCACCAGACCGUUCACACCAAGGAGAAGCCCUUCAAGUGCAAACUAUGUUACAAGAGCUUCUCCUUCCUGACUAACCUUAUCAGACAUAGGAGUGUCCACAAUGGGGAAAAAUCAUAGCAGUGUGGCCUGAGAUGUACACUGGGGGUGUCAGGGUGACAUAUUAUAGUUAUGUGAAGUGUCUUUGGGUAAGAGAGUAAUUAACCACAUACCCCUCAUUAACCCUUUGUUAACUUGUCUUUUGAAACAGGCUUGUGUAAACUGUUUUUAGAGAGAGAGUAAACCUGGGCUAGAACAAGGAUAGUUGAAUAUUUACCUUACUGAGGUGAUGUAGAUGGAAUGAAGUAAUUGUAUUUUCUACUGUGUUCUUGAUAACACACUGUUCUUCAUAAACAAAUCUGCUCUGAGCUUGAAAGAUGGUGAUCAUGAAGGAGAUUUGAUGUGUAAUGUAAUAAGCAAUGGCGUAUUUGAAAAGAACAGCAUGCAUACCCUUUUCAUUUAACCACAUCCUUUGAGCUAUGAAGCCAACCAUUAAGUAUGAGGCGUUAUACGUGCCUAUUCCUUGAUUGUAAUAUUCAACCGAUAAGGCAAUGCCACAAUAGUGAUUAUUGGAAGAAUUGAACCGCUCAUGCAACGAGAACCGGAAGCACCGACUGCUAGCUGAGUGGAUGAUUGUAAGUAGAAACUUCAGUGCAAACUUGUUUGGAAGACUGUUGUGGGGGGCGCAGACUGCUAUAGAAGGUUGACUGGAAGAUAGCUACAGAUUGUUAAACCAGAUAGAUAAUGUGAUUGAACCAAAGAUUUUUGGUAUCCAUUACUGGGAGUUACAGGUUAGGUACUGUUUGGUGUAGCACAGAAUAUUUUCUACCAACCCUAACUUCAAAUUGUAUUGGUCACAUACACAUAUUUUGCGGGUGUAGCUAAAUACUUAUGUUCCUAGUUCCAACAGUGCAGUAGUAUCUAAAAAUGAUUCACAACAAUACACAUAAAUCUAAAAGAAUGGAAUUAAGAAAUAAAUAUUAGAUCGAGCAAUGUCGGAGUGGCAUUGACUAAAAUACAGUAGAAUAUAAUACAGUAUAUACAUGUGAGAUGAAUAAAGCCGUAUUUAAA